AGGACGUCUAUAUUUAGAUCAGCAUGACAUCAACAUUUUACUGCUUUUUAUCAGACACCGAGUGAUAUAAAUAUCGAAGAUUAGGUAUAGUUUGCUGUACUUUCUCGUUGACAAAAAGGGAGCUAAAGAAAGUUAUUUGAAAACAAAUUACUGGUGUUGAAAACGGUUUGUUAGUUCAAUUAUCGAGUGCGAAAAGGAUGUCAAAAAUUACACUAGAACUGCCUGAUGGAAAGAAAGCUGAAUAUAUUCAUGCUUAUGGCAUAACAUACAACAGUGCCACUGUCAAAAACCAUUUCCCAGACGGAGACUUGAAAUCGCACAUUGAAGAUAUUCGGAGGCUAGAAAUACGAGACGAUGAUAUAUAUCUUGCCACGUAUCCCAAAUGCGGAUUUUCCCCCCUUAGGCACACACUGGGUUUGGGAGAUUUUGGUGAUGCUGAAACGCGGAAACGCCGUAUAUGAAACAAAAGUCAAGGAAGCAGCAUUUCUGGACUUCCGGUCUCCUGAUCAAGUCAAAAAUAUUCCGUCUCCACGGGUUCUGAAUUGCCACUACCCGUGCAAACUAGCGCCAAAAGGAAUAUUUAAGAAGGAAAUAAAGAUAGUGCAUGUUAUGAGGAAUCCGAAGGAUGCUUUUGUGUCAUUUUACCAUCAUCAUAAGCAUUUUAACAGCGGAUCUUUCAUAAGCUUCGGAGACUACCUUCCACAAAUGAUCGGAGAAUAUGGAAUAUAUCAGUUUUAUCCAUGGUUUCAAUACGUCAAGGAAUGGGAACGAUUUACAAAAGCACAUCCGGAGCAGAUUCUUAAUCUAUUUUACGAAGAUUUAAAAGAGGAUCCUGUUCGAGAGAUAAAGAAAAUCAACAGUUUUCUAGGAACGGACCGAAGUGACGAUCUUAUUUUGGAUAUUGCAAAAGCAUGUGACUUUCACAAUCUUAAGAAGGCCGACGCGGAAGUUAAAGUUAAGGAGAGCUUCAUGAAAGAUGAUGGAAGACCGUCUCCUAUGUAUAGAAAAGGUCAGGUUGGAGACUGGAAAAAUCACUUUACAGUAGCACAGAAUGAAAAGGUCGAUGAGUGGCUGGCAGAUAAUUUAAUAGAUACAGAUCUGAAAUUUAGAUACACACUGUGACAUCUGUCACAGUGAAAUAUAACUGAAUUCUGGAAAAGAAAUACUGUAUCACCCGUCAGUGGUGUUUGUGUAUUGCUAUGCAUAAAUGAAAACAAUACAAGCCUUAGAGUGAGAUAUAAUGAAAUUAAUUUUACAUUAUUUUAAAUUGAUAUUCUGUAAAUUGAAAUUAUCUUAAUAAAUUUGGAAGAAUAUCUUCGCUAUCAUCAA